AUGUCUUCUUCGCCUUCCCCGUCGCCUUGUUCUGCGGGGAGCGACUACUCCACAGAAUACUUCCAGGAUGCGGUUUCCCAACAAAUGAGCGUCGAAGGCUCACCGUUGGAGGAUGGGCUAAUUCCACGCGAGGCUUUGGCGUACUGUCCAAAACCCUCAGAUAUACUCAAGGCACGGCAUAUGCGUCUUGUUUCUACGCAGCCUAAUCCAGGAAGUCAUCCUACUCGUUUGAUUUUCGGCGACUUAGAUCUCAUUCCGCAAGAGCUUGAGGGCCUGCGGGAGGUGCGGAAGUUGAUGGCUCGCGAUGAGGAUCUGCACAGCUCGCCGAUCUUUGCCGACGACCGAUAUGCGAUUCGUUUUCUUCAGGGCAACGACUGGGAUGCCUCCCGUUGCAUAGUGGACAUGAAGCGGCAUCUGCAGUGGCGCUCGCAGAAUCUCCCCAUUCAACGCAGCGCAGUAGAGCCAGCUCUUGGAGAAGUCAUGCCCGUCGUUAUCUACUGGCUGGAGUUUACUCUUGCGAAGCUGCUGGUGAAGAACAAAGUGGAGCAGUGGCGUGUCAUCAUCGACCUGGAAGACUGCAGUAUUACCAGUGCCCCAAUCGGCAUUCUGAAGCACGUGUGUGACACUCUGACGGAAGAGUUCUUGUCGGCAAUAAGCCGCAACCAGAUUGAGGAGCGUUAUGGGGGCACCUGCCCAAAUGUAAAAAAUUUCUCGUGGCCGGUGAUGCCCCCUGGCCCCUAUGGCUCGCCCCUUCGGACCUGA